AUAUUGCCUGCUCUAUAAAUCGAAUGCACAUGAAAACAUGUAUUUUAAAACACUUUCAGUUGGCUGUGCGAAAUUAAAUUCAAGAGACAAAAAAUGGGUAAGCACAAAAGCAGCUUGCAGGACUCCAUUAUGGUCCGCUUUAUGGAAAGCAACCCCGAUAUGGCCAAAGGCUUCAUAAAAGGCGAUAAGGCGAAGAGUGACAUGCAAUGGAGAGAGCUAGUAAAUGAACUGAACAGUAAUGGACCGCCUACAAAAGACGUCAUGGGUUGGAAAAAGGUUUGGAUAGACUGGAAAACUACGGUCCGCAAAAAAAAAUCGCACACAACAACUCUAAAGCCAGAGCUACGGGUGGUGGACCCUACAAUAAGUAUGUGCUUACCUCUACUGAAGAGAAAAUUGGCCAAAUUUGCGGAAUCUUUAAAGUUGUCGAAGGUAUAGAGAAUACGCGGGAGUUUGCGCAACAGGAAAAUGAAGAAUCAAGCAAUGACGAGAAUGAGAGAUCGAGCGUUCUCACUACCCCUGCUCCUAUUCCUAAUGUAGCCAGCACACCGAAACGUCGCCGGGAGCCUAGCUUCAAUGAGUGCAUUAAAAAAUACAUGGGUGAAAAAGGCAACGCGAUGGCAUCGAUGGCGGAAGACCUAAAAAAAAUUUCAGAAGAUAAAGGGAAUGUGCGCGCAAUAAAAGAUAUAAAAUAUGAACUCAAAGAGUUGAAUCGCAAAUUUAAAAAAUUUAACGAGAAUGUAGUUAGUAGUGUCGAAGAGAAGAAAAGACACCACCUCAAAAUAAAGAAAAUUCGAGAGGGAGAACUUGAAAUAAAGCGCAGGAAGGUGGAGCUGCAGGAGAUACUUAACAUAA